UUCAAUAGUCCAAAGUUGUCGAAAAACGUAACACACUACACACGUAAGAAGAGUUACAAGCAGAGGUGACAGAUGGUUCUUAGUGAAGGUGACAAGCAAAUAAAAAGAGCUCAAUAACUUCAACUUAUCGGUUUCAACACUCACUUUCGUCUCUUUCAUUCAAGGAGGAUUAAUUACAUCAUCACUGUCCCCAACACAAAAAAUCUCUCACACUAUGGCUCUUAGCAUCAAGAACAGUGAAAUUGAAUUUGUUGAUCAUGAAGGUGGAGAAGCAUUAGCACAUGCAGAUCUAGUUUCCACCAUGGACAACACAACAAUGCAGGAGCGUGCAGAUCAAAAGGGUAUCAUUAGCACUAGCAAGAGGUACAUCAACAUCAACAUGCCCCUUUUGGUGAUUAACUAUGCAUGUCUCUUUGUGGGUUCACUUUCUUCUAGUUUGCUAUCUAAGUACUAUUUCACCCACAAGGGUUCAAGUAGAUGGGUUUCAACUUGGGUUCAAACCGCAGGAUUUCCUCUUUUGAUGAUCCCAAUUUGUGUUCCUUAUCUCUUUAAAUUCACCAAGAGGGUACCCUUCACUGAUUUCACACCAAGAAUGUUGAUUAUCUCAAUUUCAAUCGGUGUUAUGUUAGGAUUCAACAACCUUUUCUUCUCAUGGGGAAACUCCUACCUUCCCGUUUCAACCUCAGCACUUUUGCUAUCUUCCCAACUACUCUUCAACCUUCUCUUCUCUGUCAUAAUAGUGAAGCAAAAAAUAACCUUUUCAAACGUGAAUUGUGUGAUCCUUCUCACCCUAAGCUCCAUCCUCCUAGGCUUGGACUCUAGUCACGAGAGACCAAAAGGGCUAAAUCAAAAGAACUACUUCAUUGGAUUCUUUUGCACCAUAGGCGCAGGCUUGAUGUUUGCCUUGUAUUUGCCACUAAUGGAGAAGAUUUACAAGAAGGUGAAUUGCUACCAAAUGGUGAUGGAAAUGCAAGUGAUAAUGGAGGCUGCAGCAACAGCAUUGGCCAUAAUUGGCAUGACAUGGGAUGGUGGAUUCUCUGAGAUGAAGGUAGAGAGCCAAACGGUGUUUGACAAAGGAAGCAGAGUUUAUUGGGUGACAGUGAUGGGAAAUGUGGUGACUUGGCAGCUAUGUUUCAUGGGAACUGCAGGAAUGGUAUUCCUGACAUCUUCAUUGACUGGGGGCAUUUCCAUGACAUUUUUGUUGUCAAUGAAUGUCUUGGGAGGGGUUGUGGUCUUCAGAGAUGCAUUUGGUGGUGUCAAGGCUGUGUCCACUUUUCUCUGCAUUUGGGGGUUCUGCUCUUAUGUCUAUGGCAUCUACAAGUACAACCAAAUGGGGGAACACAAAUUUGCUCAAACCAGGAACAAGAAUAUUAGUAGUAAUGAUUCAUCCACUGAGAUGAUCCACAUUUUGAAACAUUGAACUAUAUAUUUGCAUAUGUAUAGUUUAUAAUAAUGUCAUCUUCGUGUAAUUAGCUACAAUAUUGACCAAGACUAUCAGUAUCUAUUCAUAUAUGGGUCUCUUGCUAAAUGCACCGAUGGUUAUAGAAUUUAAAAUAAAAAAAAUUCAAAAUAAAAUGUCUUUGUUGGAAUA